UUUUGACAAGAUUCAAAAACAGCUGAUCACCAAAACAAACAGUGAUAAAAUGAUCCGGAGAAUCCUCAGUUCAUCAAUUUUACAGAGGAUUUCCGCGCAGAAAUCCGUGAAAUUCCACACGAGCACCACCAGGGAGCAACGGAAGAAGGAAUUCACUGAGAAAGUUCAUCCAUUUUCACAGAUAAAUGUGAAUUUAAAGGGCGUUCAACUCGUGAAGAUCUUGCCAUUUGAUCUCCUGGACUGCGCAGAUGCAAAUAUUCUCAGAGCAACAGCCACCAGUGAUGAAGACAAAGAGCCCCACGUCUCCAUAGACAUACAGGAUAAGGAUGUCAACGUGGAGAGUCAUCCGGGAGUGUCGGAAGUUCUACUUGAAAUUCCCGUAAAGGCCGAUUUGUCUGUUGCUGCUGAUGGGAAGCUCGAUGUGGCUGAUUUGCACAGUGACAGGAUCUCCGUGAGCACAUCCAGUGGCAUAUCAACACGGAAUUUACGCAGUGAGAGCAUUGAACUCCACAGCAAGGGUGAUAUUGUCUGCCGAGGACUAACGUUGGGUUACAAAGUGCGCAUAGAAACGGAAGAUGCGGGAAAUGUGUCCCUGGAAAAGGUACAGGGAGAGGAACUACAGGUGGAUUGCAAAGCUGGGAGUAUUUCCACUGAAUCCUGCUACAGUACAAAUUCCAAAUUCAGCACCCAAACUGGGAAUCUCGUGCUGAACAAUGUCCAUCGGUGUGCGGAGGUGAAUGUCCUGGAAGAGGGAAAUCUCACCAUGUGCGGCUUCAAUGGCACCCUCCUGGCCAAGGUGUGCAAAGGGCGAAUUCAGCUACAACUGGCUGAACUCUGGGGUGAGAAUGUUGUCAUCUCCAAUGCAGCUGAGGAUGUUUCUGUGAAUGUUGCGGAUGCUGUUGUUGACACCACAUACUUCCACGCAGCUGCUGAGAAUGUUCACGUUGAUGACAGCCUAAAGCACCUCCUGGGAACAAAGGAGAACGGGGCGGUAACCAUUGGGAAGAAAACCCUACCACAGAAACUCUUCAUUCAAACUGAGGGACGGCUGGAGAUUAAAAAGCUCUCCUGGGUGGACGCAGUUAAACUCAAAAUGUAGCUUCAAAUUUUAUUUUACUUUAUUUUCUCAGGAUAAAACAUUUUUUAAAGAACAUAAUACCCUAGAAAGCUGCCCAGCACUGGUCAGAGGAAUCUGCAAGAAAAUAAAAGGGAAAAACCUUAAUUUUGAUGUUCCUUCUGGAAGGGAAUCAAAGGGUUAUUGAGAGGUCAGAAAGGGCAAGUUGUAAUCAUUUCAUAUUUGCGUAAUAAUAGCGUAUAUUAAGGGUCAUCAUUUGACAUUUCUUUUUAUUUAUUAAAGAUUCUUCUCUAAAUGAA